AUGGUCGGCCCACGUUUGGGGGAUGGCAACAGCGGUCAGACGCGCCGACGUCUUGUUGGGACCCCUCCCCAACGAUAUAACCCAACCGCGGCGGGGUCCGACAGGAAUCCAGUGUCGAUGAAGCCUCCAAGAUUCGAUGGGAGCGAGGCAACGAAUUGGAUUGCCCGGGUUCAAUAUUAUUUUAAUCACGUCAUGAUGCCAGAUGCCCAGCGUCUUCACUAUGCAGUUAUGUUAUUCGAUCCACCGGCAUCUGAAUGGGUUUUUAAUUAUUGCGCGAACAACGAGUUCGUUACAUGGCAUGAAUUUUUGGAGGAUGUUCGUCACCGCUUCGACAGACAGAGCUUCAAAGAUUACUUCGGAUUGAUUGCUAAGUUGACUCAAACCGGCUCAGUUCUAGAGUACCAUGACACAUUUGAGAAGUACUUAAACCGGGUCCACGGGGUCCCGGAAGCAAAACUUUAUACCCUGUUUGUGGCGGGUCUGAAAGCGGAUAUUCGGGAGAGAUUGACGUUACACCGGCCAACGUCUCUAGCGGCGGCCAUGGCGUUAGCUUUGGAGAUCGCUGAUACACAGUCGGAUCGCAUCAAUCCGCAACCCGUUACGACGUUCCAGCGCAGACAAUGGUCGGGACGCGACAUACGCCCCACUGUGACCCCACUGGGUACCCACCAGCCGUCGCCCAUGGCCGCGGUGACGAGCACCACGACUGGACAGAAGAAUCUGCCGAGGGAGCCACCGUGCCAGCCAUUGAUCCGCGUCUCCCAAGCCGAGCGUUCGGAACGUUCGAGGCUGGGCCUGUGUUGGCACUGCCCGGAAAAAUGGGUGAUAGGGCACGUGUGCAAACAGCGGAUACUUUGUUACGCGGAUGAGGAUGAGGGCAUGACGGCCGCCGAGGUUGGUGAGGUCCGAGAGGAGGAGACGUUGACGGACGUAGCGCAUAUUAACUCCCUUGACGGGGGCCGUCGCUCACGGCCGCUCAAGGUCGUGGGCCGAGUUAAAAACCGUGAAAUUUCCAUCCUGGUGGACACGGGCAGUGACAGAGACUUCCUGCACCCGGAUAUAGCCGAAUACGUGAUAUUGGGAAUGGAUUGGCUGGAGUCGCUGGGCAAAAUUUCUGCAAAUUUUGCAAACAAGACGUUGGAAUUCGUCCACAAUGGGGAACCGUUCACGUUGCAAGGUAUCACGGUGCCACCACGACGUCUGAAUGCGCAUUCCAUCAUGACGCUCCAUUCUGCCGCGAACGUGGGGGCUUGUUUUGAAAUCGUCCUAUUGGAACUUGAGACAGACACCGCGGGGUUAGAGACGUUUCCCGGGGACUUACCAGCAGGGAUAGCCGGGGUAUUGGAGAAUUUCCGGGCAGUUUUCAGGGUGCCGACAGAGAUGCCGCCGCCAAGGCAGUAUGAUCACAGGAUACAUCUGCAGCCAGGGUCCAAACCAGUAAAUGCGAGGCCGUAUCGAUACCCGUAUUUCCAGAAAAACGAGAUAGAGCGGCAAGUCCGCGAGAUGUUGGAGCAGGGGAUUAUUCAACGGAGCAAUAGCCCUUUUUCGUCGCCUGUGCUACUGAUACGAAAGAAAGACGGAUCCUUUCGUUUCUGCAUUGAUUAUCGGGCCUUGAACAAUGCAACCAGACCACUUUCCGAUCCCCACCGCGGAUGA